AAAUAUUUUCUUGUGCUUUAAUUAUAUAUUUUUAUAUUGGAGAUUACUGGUGUUUGUCAUUAACUCUCGCGAGAACUUGUUUUCGUAGAGCAACGUAGUGACGAAAUUGUUGCCAUGGUUACAGUGCAUACAUACUUUUUUUGCCCAUUUAUUUAUUAAAAUGUUUCGCUCCCAAUGAAUUUAAUGACAGUUCUGUAGCAACUUAUAUAAGCUAUUGGAGGUAUUUCCACUACGUUUUGCGGUGCAUAAUAAAGUAUCUGUUUGACCUUACGUGAUUUUGAGGAGGGGCUAAUUUGGCGCAACUUCUAGCGCGGGAAAUUCGUUUCAAAUACUAGGACCGCCAAGAAACUGCAGCAGAAGCUUGUGGGGGUUUAAGCUUGCAGAGGCUGUAGUGCUCUUGCUUAGUAAAUACUUAGUCUUUAGUCCGCAUAAAUUCUUCAGUGUACUAUCGGUUUUUAACUGUGAAAACUUUGCCAACAUGCCCGUCCUAGAAGUUAGAGAUGCUUCUGCAAUUUCCCCAUCAAAGAGGGCAAGGACAGAAACAAAGCCUGCAGAGGAAAGACCUGUCCUCAAAUUUGCUAAACUUUCUGAGCAUGCCACGAAACCUACCAGAGGUUCAGCUAAAGCAGCGGGAUAUGAUCUCUACAGUGCAUAUGAUUACUCCAUUGGUCCUAUGGAUAAGGCCAUUGUGAAGACAGACAUCCAGAUAGCAGUUCCACAUGGCUGCUAUGGGAGAGUGGCACCGAGAUCUGGACUGGCAGCAAAAAACUUCAUUGAUGUUGGUGCUGGAGUUGUAGAUGAAGACUAUAGAGGAAAUGUGGGAGUUGUGCUCUUCAACUUCAGCAAGGACACAUUUGAAGUGAAAAAGGGUGACAGAGUUGCUCAGCUGGUGUGUGAGAGGAUCUGCUACCCAGAUCUAGAGGAGGAAAAGACACUUGAUGAGACGGAGCGUGGUGCUGGAGGGUUUGGAUCAACAGGACGAAACUGAAAGCUCCAAAUAUAAUUUGGAGUGGCGAUGUAUAUGUUGAAAAUAUAUAUAUAUAUGUGGAUUAGGUGUUAAAUAAAAUUCUUUUUUUGUA